AUGGGCGCCGGCAACUAUGACCUGCCAGUGAAGGUCUGUGGGAAAGACCACAUGCUUACCUUCCAAGACGCCCUCUGUGCUCCUGACGCAGGCGUCAACCUGGUGUCCGUCACAGUCCUUGGCAAGCAGGGGUGCUGGAUCCUUGGCAAUGGCGAGCACGCUGCCAUUGUUAAAGGCGGCCAGAUCGUGCUGACGGCCACUGUGGCUAAUGGUGUCUACGUGAUUGACGAGCCAAACAGAGACAUCAACGCCGCACUGGCUAGCCUGCGUACUCAGGAUCCUGACCUGACCCUCUGGAACGAAGCUACUGAUGAAAUCAGGCGUCAUAGCGACCCAGCUGCCCUCGUCACCUCGCAGGUCCAAAAUCCCAACCUACGCAUCUGGCACGAGAGACUGGCCCACCUCAGCGAGCGCAACAUCAAGAGGCUGCAAGGGAUGUCCACUGGAACCUGGCCGCUAGAAAGUCUGCAUAUUGACAUCUGUGGGCCGUUUCCGGACACUGGAUACGACGGCAGCAGAUACUGGGUGGCCAUCCUAGACGACUACACUCAGUACGGAUGGACCUUUAGCGUGGCCACCAAAGACAGCCUCUUCCCGAUCUUCCAGGCGUUCCUUCAGAAGCAUGAGACGCCUACCAGGCGAUGCCUCUACGUGCGGAUGGACCUAGGAGGUGAAAAUCGCUCCACGCUGCUAGAUGCCUUCUGCACCGACAAGGCGAUCGAAGUCAUCUACGCCGCCACGGAACAGCACCAGCAAAACGGGGCCAUUGAGGUCUUCCAUAGGGUCCUAAGCGAGAAGCUCAACCCUACGCUAAUUCGGUCCGGCCUCGAGCGCAAAUGGUGGCCCUACGUACUCCAGAGCAUCACCUACGUCCGCAAUUUGUCUCCUACAGCCAAGUUACCUAUCACACCGUACGAAGCCUGGCACGGCGAAAAACCUGAUGUUACCCAUCUUCGAGUCAUCGGAUCAAAAGGCUGGGCACUACUGCCAGCAGCCAAACGCAGGAAGCUGCAGCCUAAGGGUAUCCCGUGCAGAAUGCUGGGGUACCAAGGGCACUGUAACUACAUCCUGCUUGAUAGCAGCAACAGGGUCUUCGUGUCUCCCAACGUCAUCUUUGUCGAACACGUCGCCAAGCCUACGGUCUCUGAAAGACAGCCCAAGAGGCCCAAGACUGGCCAAAGCCUUGACCAGCUGAUCCGGGAGGAAGGCCAGCAAGCCGAAUGUCCGCCUCGGACACUUCGCAACGGCAACAAUAGAACAGCCGACACCGCGUCUCUCUACACACCAGAAACUUCCACAGCGCUCUUCCACCAGACAAAGAGUUCCCCUCUGCGCUAUGCAAUGGGAAGACCACGAGCCCUUGCCUUCAAACAGGCCAUGCAGUCAGAUAGCGCCAAGAACUGGCACGCCGCUAUGGCGGACGAAAUCCAGUCCCUGAAGGCCCUACGAGGGAAGUGGGGCUACGAGCAACAGGAAGGCAUCGACUAUAGCGAAACCUUCGCCUCAGUGGUCAGGCCAGAAAGCUACAGAACAAUUUUCGCCAUAGCCGCCGCUGAAGACCUAGAGAUCGAGCAAAUGGAUGUCAAGACCGCUUUCCUCUACGGGGACAUCGACGAAGAAGUCUACCUCGAGCAGCCAGAGGGCUUCGAAGACGGCACUGGCCGCGUCUGCAGGCUCAAGAAGGCCAUCUAUGGGCUCAAGCAGGCGCCUCGCAUCUGGUUCCACACCAUCACCAAGUUUCUUGAGACACUAGGCUACAGGCCCAUUGCGGCAGACGUCAGCGUCUUCGUCCGUGGCAAGAGCAUCAUCGCAAUCUACGUCGACGACCUACUUCUCACUGGAGCCUGUCCCUGCUCCCAUUACCUAGGCAUUAAAGUCACUAGAGGCAGGGCCAGGCGUCGGAUCGAACUGUCCCAGCGAGCCUACAUUGAAAAGAUCCUGGGACCUACAACAUGUCAGACUGCAACCCAACGGACACCCCUAUGGCCGCAGAUCCGCUCCAACCACCCGCAGAGGACUGGCACGCCCCUCCCAAGGACCAGGCCGCCUAUGCCAGAGGCUGUGAAACGCAUCAUGAGAUAUCUUAAGGGCACCAUUGACUAUGUGCUAGUCUUAGAGGGACCACUGCAGCCGAUCCAAGGCUACACUGACGCAGACUUCGCGGCGGACCUGCACACCCGACGAUCGACGUCAGGCUUCUUCUACAGCCUCGGCUCCGCAGCCAUCAGCUGGACCUCCAAGAGGCAGCCCUGUGUCACGCUCUCAUCCACAGAGGCCGAAUACGUGGCUCUGACCCAGUCAGCCCAGGAGGCCAUCUGGCUGCGUUCCCUAAUGAAGGACCUAAGCCACCCACAGGCUGGGCCAACAGCCAUACACGAGGACAACAAGGGCGCUAUAGAUCUGGCCAACAACCCUCAGCACCACUCUCGCACUAAGCAUAUCUCUCUUAAGUGGCACUUCGUCCGAGAGAAGGUUGCAGAAGGGACCGUCAGCCUUAUCAAGAUCGAAGGCACCAAGCAGCCUGCUGAUGGGCUCACCAAGGCCCUGCCACGAGAUGCCUUCCUCCGUUUCCGGGACUCUCUAGGCGUCAAGUCCGAUUAG